GGCAGCUGAGCCAGUCAGCUGACUGUCAGGAUACACUAAGUAAACACUGCACCAAGAGAUGGCCACAGACAAAUAUCAACAUUAAGGUAUAAGUUCUCUGUGGAGGAACAGGAUUAACGGAGAGCUGCCUUUCAACCUACAAGCAAUAAUUUUGCUUCUCAUAUAUAACUACUCCUCAAGUCCAGUAUGCAAGUGGAUACAAUAAUUUAAGGCUGAAACCUGUAGAGUGAGGUGGUGGGGUGAGCCAUGGCAAAAGCGACCUUCAUCCCAGCCAUGGCUGUGUGUGCAUGGAUAGUGCUGGGAGCAGCUCUUCUGCUUGGUUCAUUUGGCAUCAAAGUUUGUGUGACCAUUGCAUUUUCUACACUGGUGUUUUGUGGAGGAUGGGUGGUUGCAGUUCGAUGGUGCAGCCUGAUAGAAAGUGAAAACAUGUGGCUAAACAUACAUCGGUCACACCUUCCAUUGCCCCGUGAUCAACAUGAAAAGAUUAUCAGCUGUAUACAACUUAGUAGUAGCAAUGAGCGACAAGACCGAAGAGUGACAGGAUCCAGCAUUAUUGAUGAACAGCUUCAGGGGGUGGUGACAUUAGUAGUGCGUGACUUUGUGCUUAAUUGGUAUAACCAUCUCUCUCACCAUCAAGCCUUCAUUUGUCAACUGCAUCGCACUGUACAGCAUUCCAUGAUUGUCCUUGCAAAUAGGUGUAAAAAUAUGGAUUGGGUUGGAUAUCUCACUACCCGACUUGUUGAUGACAUUGCAUGUCACCUACGAUUGUUUCGAGAAGCUAGAUCAGCUGCACGUGGGAAGGCCUCUAGUGAAGAGUUGAUUGACCAUUUCUUUGCGAGGGAGGCAGAAAAAGAAAAAGAUAUAUGUCGUGAUGAAGUAUGCUUGAAGCCGGAUGCAGAGAAAGAUUAUUUAAGUGACUUAGUGGAGACCAUUCUGUACUAUAUUCUACCCCCUGAAGACUUCUCGAAUGCCCCUUUAUGUGCUGCUGUUGUGGAGAUCCUGGUAUCAUCUGUCAUCAUGCCUGUUGUUUCCCUCAUCUCUGACCCAGACUAUAUCAAUACUCUUAUUAUAUGGGCUUGUACAGAUAUUCCAAUAACAAGUGAACUCUUUGUUAAUGUGAUAAAAACAACAAGUAACUUGGAAGAAUUAGAUGCCAUAAGAAGUCUAGUUGUCAAAGAGAUGGCAAAUUUGAGAUCACAGGAUUCUGGAGGCCGAGAUGAAGGCACAGAGGUUAAGCAGCAGUUGGGUAGCCUGGAGUUUGCCAGACGUGUUAUUGACAAUCGUGUCAACAGAAUAGAUAAAGGGUCUGAAACUGAUUCAUUAGGUUUACCCAUGAAUUUGGACUAUCGCCAUUUAGCUCGUGGAAAGCUGUUCCAGCUGCCAUUGGAAGCAAUAUUAAAGAAUAGCCUCACACUGGAUCAUUUUCUCAACUACAUGGCUUCAAUUAAUGCUCAGCAUUACAUCAACCUCUACUUGAACAUUGAAUGUUGGCGAACUGCAGUAAAUGAAAGACUGUGUGCCUUAGAGCUGGAGAGAUUGCAGCACCUGGAAGAAUCAGAAGCCCAAGGAUCUGGGAUGACCAUGCCAGAUCUCUGUCAUGACCACUUUUCUGCCCAUGACCUUUCAUCUCAUAAGGAAGAAGCAGAAAUGAUUUAUGAGCAAUAUCUUUCUGAAAAAGCAAGUCCAAGAGUAGCAAUGGAUGACAGCAUAGUUAAGAGAUUGAUCCUUCGUAUGCGCUCAGAGAAGGUCACGGAAACAUGGUUUGAUGAAGUUCAGACAGCAUUAUUUAUGACGUUGCAGGAAGCAGAAUUAUUUUUACCUGCAUUUAGAAGGUAAAGUCACAGAUAAGUUUAUUCUUGUAGUAAUUAUGUUUGUUUUUUAAAUAGAUAGUUUACCAUAUGUUAAGCCACAUGUUAUAUACUUAAAAUUUGCCAAAUGAUAAUAUAUUAACCAGAAAUUCACAGUUCUCACAAUGACUCAUUUAGGGUGGAAAAUGUUGUGGAGGCCACUUGUUCAGUAAGUAAAUACAGCAGUUUUCAUAAUUUACUUCUCUUACUUGGGAUGAAUUUGUCUUUAACCCUUAAGCCCUGAGUUAGGGUGCCGCUGGGCGUAUUCCCCACUCGGGGGUAAAUCGAGAAAAAUCAACUUGUCCAAAA